AUGACAACACUAUCGCUGCUGAAGCAUAGGUCAGAGUUCGGGUCACUGAAGAUCAGACCACUGUUUGACCGAAAAGUGAGUCCCAAUCCACACCACAAAUGGUUGUCAAAAGAGUUGAUCCAAUGGUCGAAACGGUUCGCCGAUCAUAACCAACGCUUGGAUGAAAUGUCUGUUUUGUUUACGAGUUAUAUGUAUAGCGGUUGCCAACAGAGGGUCCGAUUGUUAGCUGUGGGCAAAUUUGUAUGUUUUGCCUUUUACCUUGAUCAACACAAGGAAAAAGCUUGUAGGGAACGGUCGGCCCCUUUGAUGGUUGAAUUGAUUAAGAAACUGGUGACCACUGUAUUGACCGGACGUACGGCUAAGGAGUUUGUUUUAGGCAGACGAUUAUUGGAUUUGAUGGAGGGAUUGAAUGUGUUUAUGACCAGAGAUCAGAUGACAGACAUGAGACACAGAUUGACAAUAUAUUUUAAAAGCCAUCGGGAAAUACAUUGCAAUUAUUGGCUUAAGAAUCGGUUCAUACAAUACGAUCAAUACUACGAACUCAGGAGCAAAGAAUCGGGCUGGUUAUUGUUGGUAUCACUUAUGGAAAUCAUUGUCGACUAUAGGCCACCCGAUUCGGUGCUCCGGUAUUUAUCUGUGGACAAGUUGGUCACAUCGGCCACACGAUUAGGUCUGGCAGUCGACGACUAUUUGUGUUUUAUGCCAAAACUGGCCGCCAAUGACAUCACUACUGGUGUCAUGUCUUACGCCUCGACCAAGAAGUGCAGUCUUCAGACGGCACUCGACUCACAGUUUCAGCUCAUUAAGCACUUGGAGGCCGAGUGUCAGUCCCUCUCCUCGACUAUAGCCAACAAAGUCGGUGCCGAGUCUCAGACACCGGCACUCAUGGCAUAUGUGAAUGCAAUGAUGGAUAUGUCUUAUGGUGUUUCCCAAGCAAUUGAAAUGUUGUUUAACUUUGAAAUGAAUGAUGGCUUGAUUUGGUGCCCAAAGUGGGAUCAACUGAUCGUGCUGGAAAUCAUUCACAAAUAA